UGCGACCAUUCUAAUAACACUGCCAAUAAGCAUAUAUAAUCGUUUCUAGUGUGUCCCGGUAUAGCUAUGCCCUACUUACAGAAUACUGGACCAGGUUGCAUGUGUCAAACAUAGUGUCUUCCCUGUACGGAUGUAACAGACAAGGCAUACGGAUGAUACUAACGACAAUACAGACAAGAGCAUUACACAAAUAUGCUGUUUUCCUUCUCGCCAUUUUCAUUUGUACAGGUGUGACGCAGCAAUAUGGUGGUUUUCACGGGACAGACAAAACGUCUAAAACAGAUUUAUUAAAUGUGUGGACAGACAUCUUCCAGUUUAUAGUUCAUGAAGUGCUUUCUAAGAUGUUGCCGCAAGGUCGUCGUCAUAUGUAUCUGUAUGAUCAAGGUGACUUCAUUAACAAAACCAUUCAGGCGCUGCAGAACUCUGGGAUCCUCAACGUCGACGUGGGCUCGCUGUCGUCGUUCUUCCACUGUAUGACCAACUGCAUGGGCGGCAACAUCCUCCAAAACGUGAACCGCAUCUUCUUCUGUCAAAGCACCUGCAUGAAGGGACCGUCACACACACUUAGUCUAGUCGGGAGAUGAACACUGUACGUCGGAGUAAAACAUUGCAGUUUACCGAAAUAAAUAGUUCUCCCUUC